AUGGCUUAACCCUCAGACGUAAAGCAAAUCCUAGAUAUCUCAGGUGGAUAGGAUGGAUCUGGCAGAAAACUAGACAAGAAGCAAAAAGAUAAAAAGAAAAGACCUGAAAAGGUUAAUCGUGAGGUUUUCGCUCUGAUUGGAGAUGUCCCACAAUUAGUUCCAGCUAUUGCAGAGACUACUAAGGCUUUGGUGAUUAAAGAGAAGAACUUAAAGAGAAAAGUAGAUCCAUGGGUAUGGCAUAGAUUUUAGAAUCCAGCCAGAUAUGAUGGUUUGACUUUGGGUCAUUGGAUGAAGGAAGAAGAGAAAGAUGAAGUUUAUCCAUUUGCAAGGUUCAAUCGCAAGGUUGAGGUUGUCUCAUAUACAGACGAUGAAUACAAGGCAGCUAUUGAAGAUGCAGGUUUGAACAAUACUGCAGUCGGUAAUACUGACUGGAGCAAACUUGAAACCGAUCAUCUUUUUAGGCUGUGUGAUAAGUACAGUUAGAGAUUCAUCAUUAUAGCUGACAGAUUUGAAGGGGACAUAGAUGACAAUGAGGAAUAAGAGUUGAGAGCACAUUUCCUGGGUUAAAGUAAGAAAAGAAACUUUAAACAGAAGGAGAAACAAGAGAAGAAGUAGAAUAAGAACCAAAUACAAGCAGGUUUGGAAGUCAGCAACUCAAACGAAUCACUUUAGGUUAAAUUCCAUGAGAGAACAGUGGAUGAGAUAAAAGAGCGCUAUUAUUCAGUGGCUAAAGCCAUCCUCGAGCAUCGAGGAGAUAACGAAAAUCCAUUGGUCAAAAAGCCAUUCAAUUAUGAGCAAGAAGUUAAGAGAAAAUGCAAUCUCGAGAAGUUAUUCUUGAGAACCAAAGAGCAACAUGAAAAAGAGAAGUUGAUGGUUGCUGAAUUAAAGAAACUAGAGCAAAAAAUUAAAAAGGAGGAAAAAGAGGAGAAGAAUCUUAGAAAGCUCAUCUAUAAUGAUGCUAGUCUCAAUCUUCCCCCGAUUAAUCCAACAACUGUUGUUGUUGAAAAUGGAGUUGCCAAUGGAGCUCCGGGUGAAUCAAUCUAUACUGAUGAAAUGUAGAGUGCCAAGGGAGGUAGAAGAGAUAGAGGCUCUGGUGUCUAUCUUAGAUCCUAAGUAUUGCAAGCUCAACUUCCAACUAAGAAAGAGCAUCUCCAAAAGAAAUUUGAAAUCGUAAUGAAAGAGUUAAAGAUUGACCCCACUGAACUUAAACCAACUUAGAGAGUAGUAGAUAAAUAUCAGGAACUGAUGAACGAAAUCUUGAAGUUGUUUGCACUCCAAAAUUAUAUCAAGAAGAAACAAGAAGAUCUCAAUAUCAUAUAGGAAGUGACCAAUGAGAAAAAGGCUUUCCUCUAGCUACCUUAGCUUUAACUACAAGCAUUAAAACAAUAAGAGGCUCUCGCUAGGCAAAUAUCCCUAGAGGGUAAGUUCCUCCUGUUGGCUAAAUUCAAGGUUAGCCGCAGUAAAAUAUCCCAGUUUACAACUAAGGAACAACAAAUCCACCAAUGGGAAUACAAAAUACAAUCAACACUAGUAUUCAGCCAAUCAAUAGGCUCUAGAUGUAAGGUGUAGAACAUUAAUUAGAUUCCAGGUCAACAAAUUCCACCUUAAGCUUAGAUUAUUCAGCCUCCAAAGGAAAGAAGAAUUCCAUAAGGAGCAUAGCAGAUUGUAUAAGAAGAAGAUAAGAAAUCACCCUCAAAAGGAGGUUCUUAAUUGGACGAGUCACAUGACAGUUCAAUGAGAGAUGAGAACCCUUCAUCUAGUAAAAAGGGUCAAAAGAAAAUAGGAGGAGGCAUUAAGAAGCCAAUUAAGAAAACUGGCUAAAUUAUUUCUGGUGGUGGACAAGCAAGCUAAGUCGCUAUAACACAGCCAUCAACAACUUAGGAUUAUCAAACGAAUGACACUAACAACUCAAGUGCUACAAGAUAAUCUGCAAGAUAGAGUGGAGGUCAAAAGAAGAGAAGAUGA